GGUUAAUAGAUGAACAGUGUCUCACCUGCACGUUUAUAUAUAUUUUUUAUUUGUACAGCCCUCGGCACAGGAGGCUACGCUGGACAAGGACAGGGAGCAUAUGGAGCACUUGGUGCAGGACUCGACAAUUAUGGAGGAGCUCAGGUUCCCUAUGGUAACGCUCCAGUGAUUGCUACUGGACUGGAGGGUGACGGUGGCUACCCGUAUCCUGCUCAGCAGCUCAACCUUGGUGCCAAAACCGCCAACAAAUAUGGAGCUGUAGCAGGAUAUAGAGCUCAGCAAACAGGUUACGGUGCACAGCUAGGAGCAACUCAUGAUGCCUUGGAAGAGCAAGCUGGCAAACAUGGCGACGUGAACGGUGCCCAUGGAAAUGGAUACAAAGGCUAAUUCAAAU